CACGCACGCACACACACACACACACACACACACACACACACACACACACACACACACACACCUUGACUGGCAUCCUCAACAAAAACCAAAACGCCCUUGGACUGCUGCAGGCGAGUUAGGAUGAGGGUGUGGUCAUGGGAGCAGUUUGGGGAGACGGGUGUGGUCCUCCUUGGCUUCCUGACACUGGUGGUGUCUGUAGGAAAUCUGUCCUCCCGAGGCUUGCAGGAGGAGGGUGCUGCCUCCAACAGUCUGGAAGAGGAGCUGGAGGUGACUACUUACUGGUGGGGUGAGUGGGCAAAAUGGACCGCCUGCACGCGGACCUGUGGAGGGGGGGUGAUGUCCCAGGAGAGGCACUGCCUCAAACAAAGAAAGAAAGUUACUGCUGGGAAGGACAACAUGACCUGUACAGGGACAGCCAAGAAAUAUCACCUCUGCAACACCAAAGAAUGUCCCGCCGCUGGGAGGAGCUUCAGAGAGGAGCAGUGUUGGUCGUUUAACUCGCAGCUUUACAACGGGAGGAGCUACCAGUGGAAACCGCUCUACCCUGAUGACUACGUCCACAUCUCCAGUAACCCAUGUGACCUCCACUGCACCACGACCGACGGUCAGAGGCAGCUGAUGGUGACGGCGCGAGACGGCACCUCCUGCAAGUACAGCAGCUACCGCGGCGUCUGCGUGGACGGGACAUGUGAGCCGAUCGGAUGCGACGGAGUGCUGUUCUCCUCCAAUGCUUUGGACAAAUGUGGCGUUUGUCAGGGCGACGGUAGCAGCUGCAGCCGAGUCACCGGAAACUUCCGCCGUGGUGCGUCCACCCUGGGUUACUCAUUCAUCACCCAAAUUCCUGAAGGAUCCUGGGACAUCCAGAUAAUCGAGAGAAAGAAAUCCGCUGAUGUUCUCGCUGUGACCGACCAGGCGGGAAACUUCUUCUUCAAUGGCGCCUAUAAGCUGGACAGUCCCCAGAACUUCCACGCAGCAGGAACCAUUUUUAAAUACCGCCGACCCAUGGAUGUUUACGAGACUGGGAUCGAGUACAUCGUGGCCAAAGGCCCCCUUGACCAGGCCAUAAACAUCCUGGUGUGGAACCAGAAUGGCCGUACGCCCUACAUCACCUACGAGUACACCGUCCUCAGAGACUCCCUGCCUCCCCUCCCCCCUCCUCCGGUCUACACGGGGUCGGACUCCUCAGCCGGAGAGGUGUCGGUGGAAGAGGGCAGCCUUUUGACCCCUAACAGCAGCAUUUUCCAGGAUGUCCCCGGGGACCAGCUGGAGACAAGUGAUGCUGAUGGUCAGAAGAGUCAAGAGACCAACGAGGUCUAUGAGGAGACGGCGGCCAUUGGCUGUGACCAGGACAAAGCCACGCCCCCUAAGUUUACAGGGAACAGCAGCCAAUCAGAGAGCACUGCCAAACCGGCCCCCGACGGUGGUCCCCUGGACCCCAGACCGGACUCAACCAACCUCAUCUGGAGGGUCCUGCUGGACGGACGAAUGGGCCCGGACGAGCUGCUCAUCAACAUCUCCACCAAUCAGCUGCUGACGGAGGGGGACGGUUUGUUCCCGUCCGAUCUGGACCUGAGCAGCCUGGAGCGGGCCGGCCCGUUUGACCUGAAUGAGACGCUGGAGUUCGCUCUAGGCCACAGAGGCAACGACAGCGGAGACAACCAGAACCGGACGGUCCAGAACAACGGCAAGACCUCUGGCCGCUCCAACAGAACCAGAGGGAAUCAAAGGUUCCACCAGAAGAACAUGAAACUGAGCCCAGCAGACAUGUACCGCUGGAAGCUUUCCUCUCAGGAGCCCUGCAGCAUGACCUGCUCCAUAGGGGUGUCCAAGUCCUUUGUCUCCUGCGUGCGUUAUGAUGGCGUUGAGGUUCACGACAUGUACUGUGAUGCUCUGACCAGACCAGAACCAGUCCACGACUUCUGCAUUGGGAGAGAGUGUCAGCCCAGGUGGGAAGCGAGCAGCUGGAGCGAGUGCUCCAGAACCUGUGGAGAGGGUUUCCAGUUUCGACAAGUCCGCUGCUGGAAGAUGCUGUCCCCGGGUCUGGACAGCUCGGUCUACAGUGACCUCUGCACCAUGGCUGACCUGGAGAGACCCGUGGAGAGGCGAGCGUGUAAGAGCCCUGCCUGCGGUCCUCAGUGGGAGGUGGCAGAGUGGAUGGAGUGUCCUGCUAAAUGUGGUCGCAAAGCUCAGGUGAGCCGUGAUGUCCGUUGCUCAGAUGAGACCAGACCGUGUGACCCCAUGACCCAACCACCAAACGUCAAAAACUGCACCGGUCCCCCCUGUGAACGCCACUGGACGGUGUCUGAGUGGGGUCCUUGCUCCGGCUCCUGCGGUCAGGGGAAGAUGAUGCGUCAUGUUUACUGUAAGACCCCGGAGGGUCGCGUGGUCCCUGAGAACCAGUGCUCCCCUGAGACCAAGCCUCUGGCCACGCAGCCCUGCGGGGAGAGGGACUGCGCUCCUCACUGGCUGAGCCAAGACUGGGAGCAGUGCAACACGACCUGCGGCCGCGGCGUCAAACUAAGGAUCGUCCAGUGUGUCGGCAUCAGCGGAGGAAAGUUCCAGGUUUUUGAUGAAGAGGCGUGUGGAGGCAGCGAGAAACCGGAAGACGAAACCACCUGCUUCGAGAGACCGUGCUUCAAAUGGUACACGACCCCCUGGUCCGAGUGCACGAAGACGUGUGGCAUUGGUGUGAGGAUGAGGGACGUGAAGUGUUACCAGGGCAGGGAGCUGGUCCGGGGCUGCGACCCUCUAACCAAACCGGUGUCCAAACAGACCUGCACCCUGCAGCCCUGCCCCACCGAGCCUCCAGAUGAGAGCUGCCAGGACCGGCCCUCCACCAACUGCCUGUUGGCCCUGAAGGUGAACCUGUGCAGCCACUGGUACUACAGCAAGGCCUGCUGCCACUCCUGCCGCGCCGUGCGACCUUCGACCUCCUAGUCCAGGAUGCUGCCUCUGCCCCCUCCACAACCCUUCUCCACCCUGACUCUGACUCCAACACAAAGACACACAUUCCAGCCCACAUAUCUGCAGGAUGAACUUUGGCUUCCCCUGAAAUCUGAGAAAACCCUUAUUUUUAAGCUGAGUUGUACAUUUAUCGCGGAGAGCUGCAGUGUUUCCAAGCUGAGCGGCGUUCUGCUCUCUCUCUUUGUGUGUCGAGCCUAGAAGCUGCGACAUCUGUGUUCUCCUUGUGGAGACGCCAGACUGGUUCACCCAGCUUUCCUUUCAAAGGUGGUUGCAAACCAGAAUCAGAAUUGAAGUUUAAUCAUUCCUAUUGACAAUGGCUCCACCUGCUGGUCUGGCGUGGUUAUGUUUGUGUUUGGAGGAAAAUAUUUUUUUUUAGAAAGGAAAUAAAAUCUUGUCUAAAAGCACUUGGAGCAUCGUAAUCAGCAGCUACUGUGAAUAACAAGAAGCAGCAGAACCUCCACAGAUAAUCUGGAUUGACGGGACUGUUUUGUUCUGAAAAUCGCUUUCAAGCAGCAGAUUUGAGAUUCCACCUCCCAAACACGUGGAGCUCCAGCUCCUGUUUUAUCAGAUUAAAUUAUUCCUCAGAUGAUUAUCCUGCAUGGUGAGAAUAUUUAAUACAGAAACUCGUUUAUGAAACAUUAUUUAAGUGUGUUUUUAGACUCUGGCGCUGAGCAGCAGAGCGUGAGAAACUCUCCAUCCCACCUCCCUGCUGUUUGGAGCAGCGCCGGCAGGCCUGCAGGACAUGGGAGCAUAUUUAUUAGUCAUAGCACAUUUUCAUUUAACAUGACGGUCCCGAUGCCAGAACCCUGGCUACUCAUCGGGUCAACUGAUCCCAGGCCAGCUCUGUGUGCGUGAAGCCGGAGGGGCGGGGUCGAGCACGAGCACAGGCGGGACGAUUCCUGACACUUGAAGUAUGGCUGACAUGUAUUCAGAUGUGUGUUUUUAUAUAACUGAUACCUCUUUGUACAAAACAACCAUGGAGAUCGUGUACUGUUGAUAGUAACUGAACACCUGAAAAUACUGACUUGUAUUUCAAUUAAAUAACAGCUAAAACGAG